AGUCAUUGUUGCAUUGAAAUAACCUAAAUAAGAGAAAUAGGUUAAAAGCAAGCAUGUAAGGAGAACUUCAGCCCAGUGUUUGUGUGUUUUCACGCUCACGUCCGUGUACACGUUUGUACUCUAAAUUCCUAGAGAGAGUGAUUGGUGGGCCCAGGGAUCUUAUCUACUGCUGGCUCUUGAACCCACCAGGAGCCUCCCUUUCAUCUGUGUGUGUGAAGCGUGGCUCGGUCAGCUCCAAAUGGGGGCCCAGGGUCUCUUUCAUGUGUGUGGGGAAUGCGCAGAGCCCUGGCUUUAUCAGCAGCCCCUUCCCUCUCCUUAACUCCUUCUUUAUGUCCCGCUCUUUGUUCUGCCUACAGACACAGUGAAGCAGCACUGCCCUCCCCACCCAGCCUACUCAAUUACUGUCAGCCACUGGCAUGCCUUUACUGCGCUGCCAAAAGAGCUGAGAGAGAGGCAGGAUGCUGAUGGGGAGAGGGUUUGCCAGCAGCCUAAUGUAGUGAGAUCAGAGGGAAAGUGAAAAGAGAAAGGCAGAAGGAUGAAUAGGUGUAUAGUCACAGCCCUCUCGCUUAAAUGUGGGAAAGCAAGUCUUGGUAAUGUUUUCGGCCUUUGUUUUUCAGUAUAACACCCACUCCUCUGGGUGAGGGGAAGAGUACAGUGACCAUAGGUCUUGUCCAGGCCCUCUGCACUCAUCUUAAGCUCAACUCUUUCGCUUGCCUGCGACAGCCUUCCCAGGGUCCAACAUUUGGUGUCAAAGGAGGAGCGGCGGGUGGGGGAUAUGCGCAGGUCAUUCCUAUGGAGGAGUUUAAUCUCCACCUCACAGGAGACAUCCACACUAUAACCGCAGCCAAUAAUCUAGUGGCGGCAGCUAUCGAUGCCCGCAUUCUCCAUGAAGCUACUCAAUCAGACAAGGCCCUGUACAGAAGACUUGUGCUGUCUGUUAAUGGCGUGAGAUGUUUCUCUCCUAUACAAAUGACUCGCCUACAACGUCUUGGAAUAAACAAAUCUGACCCCAGUGACCUCACACCAGAAGAGGUCAGGGCAUUUGUCCGUCUUGACCUUGACCCUGAGAAGGUCACAUGGCAGAGAGUUGUUGAUACCAAUGACCGAUUUCUGCGUAAGAUCACUGUUGGCCAGGCUAACACAGAAAAAGGCCACGCUCGCCAGACCCAGUUUGAUAUUGCGGUGGCCAGUGAGAUCAUGGCUAUCCUUGCUCUGACAGAUGGACUGGCUGAUAUGCGGACCAGGCUUGGAUGUAUGGUUGUGGGCAGCAGCAGAAACGACCAGCCGAUCACUGCAGAUGACUUGGGUGUAACUGGGGCUUUGGCAGUCCUCAUGAAAGAUGCCAUCAAACCCACACUGAUGCAGACACUGGAGGGCACUCCAGUGUUUGUGCAUGCUGGACCUUUUGCUAACAUCGCCCAUGGAAACUCCUCUGUCUUGGCAGACAAGUUGGCUCUUAAACUAGUUGGAGAAGAGGGCUUUGUUGUGACGGAGGCUGGCUUUGGUGCAGACAUUGGCAUGGAGAAGUUCUUCAACAUAAAGUGUCGAACAUCUGGGCUGAAGCCUGAUGUUGUGGUGCUUGUAGCCACUUUACGGUCUCUGAAGAUGCAUGGAGGUGGACCAAAUGUUACAGCUGGUGUACCACUGCCUAAAGAAUAUAUCGAUGAGAAUUUGCAGCUGGUUGCUGAUGGCUGCAGUAACCUGAGGAAGCAGAUUCAGAUCGCUCACCUCUUUGGAGUCCCUGUGGUUGUUGCUCUAAAUGUCUUCAAGACUGACACUCAAGCAGAGAUCGACCUGGUGUGUCGCAUCGCAGAGGCUUCAGGGGCCUCAGCUGCUGUGCAGUGUCAUCAUUGGUCCAGAGGUGGGCGGGGCUCUGUGGAGCUGGCACAGGCUGUGAAGAAAGUAGCAUCUCAGAAGAACCAUUUCCAAUUCCUGUACAAUCUGCAGGAUUCUAUUGUCGAGAAAAUUCGGACUAUUGCAAAGAAGGUUUAUGGUGCUGAUGACAUUGAGCUUUCACCUGAGGCUCAAGCUAAGAUAGACUACUACAAUCAACAGGGUUUUGGUGCUCUUCCCAUCUGCAUGGCCAAGACCCACCUGUCUCUCUCUCAUAUGCCUGAGAAAAAAGGUGUUCCCACAGGUUUUAUCCUGCCGAUCAGAGACGUCCGUGCCAGCAUCGGGGCAGGCUUUAUCUACCCUUUAGUUGGAACUAUGAGCACCAUGCCAGGCUUGCCUACGCGACCCUGUUUCUAUGACAUUGACCUUGAUCCUGUGACGGAGGAGAUAAAAGGACUCUUCUAAAGACAUUUCUACAGUCCCACACAUACUUUUGACCACUUUCUCCCAUUCUCAGAUGUUCCUCCGUGUCCGUGUAGGCCUCCGUUCAUAUGCCACUGAUUACAGCUCAUCUACUGCCUUCUAGCAAUGAAACUACUGAGUGUUAGAUCAACAAACAUUCCUUCUUCUGUUUUGCUCAGGGUUGUUUUUUACCAAAUGUAACUCCUGAAUGUUAACUACUUCAUGAAUUUUGUACUUACCAGUGGAUUCUUGCUUUUCCACAAUUUAUUUUUUAUACUUGUUGGUUUGGAGACUUGGAGUUUUAGGAUUUACAUUUCAUUUUUCUUUCUGUAAAUUGCUGUUUACAUAGCGUUUUAGUGUUUACAAUUGAAUGACGCACAAAAGCUUUUAUACUCAUUCUACAUAGCUAACAUUCCAUUAAUGCUUUAAUAUUUCUGUCUUAAAUGUUUCAGAUUAUUUUUUUAAAUACUACUACUAUUCUCCUUGUGUAGCAUUAAACGGUUUCAGAUAUUUGUUACGGACAAAUAUGUUCUGAAUCUUAAGUCUGAGGUGCUUUUAUUUAGACACUACACCAAACAAAAUUACAAGUGGUGUUAGUGGUUUGACACCUGUUCUCUCUCUCUCUCUCUCUCUCUGUCUCUCUUUCUAUUAUAAAUGGAGUGUUGCAUAGAUCUGACUACCUGUGAAUGCACAUUUUCAGCAUGCAUGUGGGUACAUGCCAGAAAGUCUCGUUUGAGACGUUCCUCUGUUAUCUGUUAUUCUGAUUACUACAGUGCUACGUGAGUAAAGAAGAAUUCCAUUGACUGUCGCAAUAGAUAUGUACGCUUGAAAACCUGUAUUUUCCCAGUGAUGAUAGAUUCUACAAUGAAAAAAGCAAUCCGAACAAGUUGACAACAAUAAAACAAUACUGAACAUU